GGCGUGGGCGGGGCGGGCGCGCUCAGGCCCCCGGCGGCCUCUCCCUCAUUCGACCUCGGCGAAGAUGGCGGCGGCGGUGAGAGCCAUCGGCAGCCUCGGCCGCCUCCCGGCCGCCGCCAGGGCCGGCCCGACGCGGCACACCCCGCCCCGAGGUUAUGCCUGCCGUAACAUCUCCACUUCCAGUGCCCUCCAGAACAGAACCCACGUCAGCUGUGAUAUCAAAGGGGAUGUUGCUGUCGUGCGCUUCAACACACCAAAUUCCAAGGUGAACACCCUGUCCAAGCAGCUGAGUGCAGAGUUCACCGACGUCAUGAACGAGAUCUGGGCCAACGAGGCUGUGAAGAGUGCCGUGCUCAUCUCCUCCAAGCCAGGCUCUUUCAUUGCUGGAGCAGAUCUCAACAUGCUUGAAGCCUGCAAGACUGCUCAGGAAGUGACUCAGCUCUCUCAGGAUGGACAGAAGAUGCUGGAAAAGAUUGAGCACUCUCCAAAGCCCGUCGUUGCUGCCAUCAGUGGCAGCUGCCUGGGAGGAGGGCUGGAGGUUGCCAUUGCCUGUCACUACAGAGUAGCAACAAAGGACAGGAAAACAGUCUUGGCAACACCUGAAGUGUUGCUGGGUCUCCUGCCCGGAGCAGGGGGUACUCAGAGGCUGCCAAAAAUGGUGGGACUUCCUGCUGCCUUUGACAUGAUGCUGACUGGGAGGAACAUCCGUGCAGACAGAGCCAAGAAGAUGGGGCUGGUUGACCAGCUGGUGGAACCACUAGGUCAGACACAGCUGGCUGUGCACAGCACUGUGCUGACCCCUGUUCUGUCCCACCUUGCAGGGCUAACAGACUAUGCCAUGGCCCUUCCCUUCGUCAGGCAGCAAGUUUACAAGACAGUGGAGAGCAAAGUUCAAAAGCAAACCAAAGGGCUCUACCCUGCUCCUCUGAAGAUCAUCGAGGUCGUAAAAACUGGUCUGGAUCAGGGGAGUGAUGCUGGAUACCUCAUUGAAGCCCAGAGCUUUGGCCAACUUGCAGUGACCAAGGAAUCCAAGGCACUGAUGGGGCUCUACCACGGGCAGGUGCACUGCAAGAAGAACAAGUUUGGGACACCUCAGAAAGAAGUCAAGACUCUGGCUGUGCUGGGAGCAGGGCUCAUGGGAGCCGGCAUCGCCCAGGUUUCCGUGGAUAAGGGCAUCAAGACCAUUCUGAAGGACACGGCACAGAAGGGUCUGGACAGAGGCCAGCAGCAGGUCUACAAGGGGCUGAACGGCAAGGUGAAGAAGAAGAGCCUGACAUCAUUUGAGAGGGACUCCAUCCUCAGCAACCUGAUGGGCCAGCUGGACUACAAGGGCUUUGAGAAGGCAGACAUGGUCAUCGAGGCCGUGUUCGAGGACAUCAACGUCAAACACAAAGUGCUGAAGGAGGUGGAGGCUGUGACUUGCCCAGCUGAUUGCUCUGGGAGCCAGAAUCCCUCUGAACCCAGCUCUUCUGUCUGCCAGGUGAUUGGGAUGCACUACUUCUCUCCUGUUGACAAGAUGCAGCUGCUGGAAAUCAUCACCACAGACAAAACCUCCCAGGACACAGCUGCUUCUGCUGUUGCUGUUGGCCUCAAACAGGGCAAAGUGGUCAUCGUGGUGAAGGAUGGGCCUGGAUUCUACACCACCAGGUGCCUGGGGCCAAUGCUGUCCGAGGUGGUCCGAGUUCUCCAGGAGGGUAUUGACCCAAAGAAGGUGGAUGCCAUCUCCACUGCCUUCGGCUUCCCGGUGGGAGCGGCCACGCUGAUUGACGAGGUGGGCGUGGACGUGGCCACACACGUGGCCGAGGACCUGGGCAAGGCCUUUGGCCAGCGCUUCGGAGGGGGCAGCAUCGACCUCUUCAAGCUCAUGGUGCAGAAAGGCUUCUUAGGUCGCAAGGCAGGGAAAGGCUUCUACGUGUACCAGGAGGGAGUGAAGAACAGGAGUGUGAAUUCUGGCAUGGAUGAGAUCUUGGAGAAGUUCAGGGUGCCAGCGAAUCCUGACGUCUGCUCCGACGAGGACAUCCAGAUGCGCCUGGUGACGCGGUUUGUCAACGAGGCAGCCAUGUGCCUGCAGGAGGGCAUCCUCAGCAACCCCGUGGAGGGGGACAUCGGGGCUGUGUUCGGCCUGGGCUUCCCCCCCUGCCUGGGAGGUCCCUUCAGGUUCGCGGACUCCUACGGCGCCCGGCAGCUCGUGGACAAACUGCGCAAGUACGAGGCCGUGUACGGCAGCCAGUUCACACCGUGCCAGCUCCUGCUGGACCACGCCAACAGCCCCAGCAAGAAAUUCCACCCCUGAGGUGGCCUGGUGACACCCCGACAGCUCCUCCAGCCGGGCCCUGGCUCCCCACAACACCCCAUUCUCCAUAGGUUAAUCUCCAAAGCUCCCCGGGGAGGAAGGGAAGAAAGGAAGGAAAGAAAGAAGAAAGGAAGGAAGGAGUGGGGCAGGAGGUUGCCUCAUGGCUUGUAGUCAUUUCAAGUGCCUUACCAGCCACUGUGUGUUGGGAACGUCCGUCCCAUGCCAGCCUGGGCCUGGGGGCUCCAUGCUGGGGGAGGGAAUUCCUCUGCUGCCCUUGCCUUCAUGCCGUGGCCUCCAGAGCUCCCAGUCUGGCCAGUAGCAUCCAGCUUGUGGCUGGAGCCGAGGCCUUGUCUUUCCAUCAACAUCCACCAAAAUAAAGCCCCAUCUCCUGGG